AGCCGCGCGUUACAGCCGCAGAUCAGACGAGACGAGGAGACUGGAGGUGAUUGGAGACGGUGCUACCGGUUUAUUUACACGCGGUCUGUGUUUACAGCGUGAAAGUGGAAAAGUCUCGGAUUGUCUGUUGGUGAACUUUGGUGGAAAGCCUGGGGAACACUGACAAAACUGGGAAAAGUAAACAUCUCGCUUCGCUUUUCGUUUUAACGACGUCUCGCGCUUGCCGGUAAACACCGCACAGUGCAACAUGAAGCUCCAGCUACUGGGUGGCGGGCGCCCCGGUGCGCAUUCGCCGCUCUCCGCCGAGGAGGAGCUGGGUUCGGAUGGAGACUGCGUUGCGCACAGCCCUGCGCCUCCAGCCUCCGUUCUGACGUCCACCGGGCCCUCUGGAGCCAUGGGAUCCCCGAGCGGCGGUGCAGCGGGUGCGCGCACGGACUCCAAAGGCAAACCCUACACGCGCCGACCCAAGCCCCCGUAUUCCUACAUCGCCCUGAUCGCGAUGGCCAUCCGGGACUCAAGCUCAGGCCGCCUCACGCUGGCCGAGAUCAACGACUACCUCAUGCGCAAGUUCCCCUUCUUCCGCGGCAGCUACACGGGAUGGCGCAACUCGGUGCGCCACAACCUGUCGCUUAAUGACUGCUUCCUCAAAGUGCUGCGAGACCCCUCGCGGCCGUGGGGCAAGGACAACUACUGGAUGCUAAACCCCCACAGCGAGUAUACCUUCGCUGACGGUGUGUUCCGGCGCAGGAGGAAGCGCAUCGGCAAGAAGAAGCAGGAGGAGGAGGAGGAUGAAGAGGAGGAGGGUCCCGGGCGAGGAGGAAGAGCAGUAGGAGGUGGGGAGUCCAUCGUUCAGGUGGCUCCAAACUCCAGCUCCAAGUUCUCCAGCUCCUUCGCCAUCGACAGCAUCCUCAGCACGCCGUUCAGAAGCGACGAGAAGCGGCAUCAACAGCAGCACCUGCAACACCAGCAGAUGCUGCAAAGAAGGGACUUUUACUACUUUUCUUCGCCUUCCUCUCUUCUUCUGCUCCCUCCUCCUCCUCUUCCUCAUCUAAGCUCGGUCCAGACCACCUCAGGUGGCUACCACCACCCAUUCCAGAUAGACUACCUGCUGGGGUGAGGGGGGAAGGUUUCUCCCAGCUGGGAGGUUGGACAUGAUGGCACUUUAGAACACGCACUGGACAUCAGCAGCAAAUAACAUUUCGUCGUUUCAGCAUCCCAACGCCCUGGAAACUGUGGGGGUUGGGGGAGGGGGUUACAAGAGAUGGACACUUUUUGUGGUGAUGGAGUGCACGCACAAAGCAGAGGCGUGAGGACCUUGUUCCUCUCCGUCAGUAUAGACUUGGUAAUGUAUUUAUGAUGGACUAUGAAUCUAGUUAUUGAUGUUGCUGAAAAUAUAAUAAUAAUCUCAUAUAAUGAGAUGUUGCCUUUAGUUUGGAAUCUGACUCCAAACAACACACGACUGACAGCACUGGUCAGCUACGCGGUACAGGUGCCAGGUGGGAAGUGGUCAUCUCACCUGCGCGUGAUGGGACUGGACAGCACUGUAUAUUUCUACUGAAAGAAAUGCAUGCAUUUUUUUAUAUGCUACUGAAUAAUAAAACUUUAUUUCAACAUCA